AUGAAACGUAAGCUUGGGCGUCCUCAGAAAAAAGGUGGUAAUGCUAAGAACGCACGAUAUGCUCCUACCAGUGUAACCGAUAUAGACCAACUUGGAGGUUUGUUCCGUUACAAUAUCAAUGAAGUUCCUGAUCUAACACCCCCGGGAAUUCGUAAUGCACAGCAGAGACGAAUGCAUAUCAUGCGUGAGAGGAGAAAAAGAAAAGAAGCUAUUGAUCUUUUGGCUACUUCUAUCAACACCGAAGAAUUUGCUUGCUUUAUUGCUACUGAUUCUGAGUCUGAUAUGGUUAAUGAUGAAGACUCUAUGUCGGAAAGUGAGGAUGUGGGAAAACCGAGGCCUGGUAAUAAAAAGAAAGGAAGACCCAAAAAACGUGCUAAAAUCUCUGAUUUUUGUGAUGAGGAUGCAACAGAGACCGUUGUUACUAGAACAGAUUUAUUGGAAUCAGUUAGUCCUGGUCUGAAAGAUGGAGAUACCCAAGGGAGGAAAAGGUUGCAUAUUACUAUGAGAGAGUUUUUUGCUUACCGCAUACAAGAGAGGGUUGGUGAGUCACCAAUCAUCCCUUUAUCUGGAAGAUUGUUCCAGCAGUUUUUAGUGGAUGCGUACACGAUGAUUGAGACUAAUAGACUACGUUUCAUAUCAAUGAAUCAGUCUAAAAUUCGUUGCGAAAAUUAUGACAAAAUAAAGAAAACUGUUGAUGAAGGUGACACUGAUCUUUCUGACAAGGGUAAACGUAUUAUUAUACCUUCUUCUUAUACUGGUGGUACAAGGCACCUAAAAAGACAUAACUUGAAGCAAGAGGAUAGACCAGAUAUAUGUACGCGAGUGUUCAAGAUGAAACUAGAUGAUCUCAUGCACAGACUCACCAAAGAAAAUGUGUUAGGUGUCGUAAAAGCCGCGAUCUACACGAUUGAGUUUCAAAAACGGGGGCUACCUCAUGCACACAUCGUUCUUUUUUUAGAAGCUGGUCACAAGCUACCAACUGGUGAUGACAUUGAUAAGAUAAUAUGUGCUGAGAUUCCUGACAAGGAUAUUGAUCCAGCGCUGUAUGAGAUAGUAGGAGAUGUCAUGAUGCAUGGACCAUGUGGUGCUUUGAAUAAGGAUAGUGUUUGCAUGGCUGACGGAAAAUGUACAAAGUAUUUUCCAAAACCUUGCAGUCCGAUCACUAAAAUAGAUGAUGUUAGAUAUCCUAUAUACAGGCGACGUAAUGACAAGAAAGUUAUCGUUAAAAAGGGUAUUGAAUGUGAUAAUGGAUUUGUGGUUCCUUAUAAUAGGAGUCUCACACUGCUUUAUAGGGCUCAUAUCAACGUCGAAUGGUAUGUAGCACCUUCGGAGUCUACGUGGAGAAUUUUCCGUAAUCAUACUCACCAUCGCACGGUUUCUGUAGUUAAACUACCCUUUCAUUUACCGAAUCAGCAAAUGGUCAUAUACAACGAGGAUGAUCCAGGUGACGAGGUUAUUAAUCGUGUCUCAGUUGGUACGUCAAAAUUCAUUGCUUGGAUGGAGUGCAACGAUAAGUAUGAACUGGCGAGGACGUUAACUUAUGCGCAAUUUCCUACGAGAUUUGUGUGGAAUAACCCAAAGAGAAUAUGGACGCCACGAUCAAGGAGAGUUGCUCUUGGUAGAAUCACGUACGUACCCAUUGGGGCAGCUGUUAGUCUAUCUCAGGAGCAAGUUAAAGACUUUACUCUGGUCGAAAUAGAACUUCUUUUACGUGUAAGUGGGAGAUCCUUAAAAGAAUUCACACCUAUGCCGUUUCCUGAAGAUAUUACUCUGGAGUCACAUGAUAAUCCUCUUAUUCGGGAUGAGAGGAAUUAUAAUCGCGAAACUCUUAGAGUAAGAAACGAGAAGAUGUUAGCCACUGUAACCAGUGAACAGAGAAGUGUUUAUGAUGAGAUACUAGAACCAGUAAAUAAGAACAAAGGAGGUAUGUUCUUUGUUUAUGGUUCUGGAGGUACUGGUAAAACUUAUUUGUGGAGUCUAUUAGGAUCUGCUCUACGUUCUCUAGGUGAUGUUGUUCUUAAGGUUGCAUCGAGCGGGAUUGCUGCGUUGUUAUUAGAAGGAGGCCGAACUGCGCAUUCAAGAUUUGCAAUCCCUAUUGUGGUUAAUAAGUUUACCUUCUGUUCAAUCAAGAAGGAGUCGAAUCUUGCCGACCUGAUAAAUUUUGCUAAACUCAUUAUAUGGGACGAGGCGUUGAUGAUGAGUAAAGACUGUUUCGAGACCCUAGAUAGAACGAUGCGUGAUAUAUUAGAAGUUUAUAAGCCCUUUGGUGAUAAGGUCAUUGUUUUAAGAGGGGAUUUUAGGCAAAUAUUGCCAGUGAUUCCAAAUGCCGGGAAGACAGAGAUACUUAUGGCCACUUUGAAUUUGUCACCUCUGUGGUACAAAUGUAGAGUGUUGAGACUUACACAGAACAUGCGACUUAUAGCUGGAGAUAAUAGUCGUGCGAUGCUUGAACGAGCUGCCUUUACAAAGUGGAUCUUAGACAAUGGUGAUGGUACGAUAAAUGACGAUGGAAGUGGUGAAGCCGUGAUUGAUAUUCCUGAUGAUCUGUUGAUUAAAGACUUACUGAGUCCAAGAAACGAUGAUGUAGAUACGAUAAAUGAUUAUAUGCUUUCAAAGUUAUCGGGUGUUGAAAGGACCUAUCUUAGUUGUGAUAGCAUUGAUACGACUGAAGAAAAUAAAGGUGAUUCCAACAAUAUGAUUUAUACCGAGGAGUUUUUAAAUAGUAUCAAGAUGUCUGGUUUCCCUAAUCAUGUCCUGAAGUUGAGAGAGGGUACUCCUGUAAUGCUUCUAAGAAAUAUUGACCCUAAGAAUGGGUUGUGUAAUGGCACAAGACUCAUCAUUAUUAAGAUGGCUAAUUAUGUUCUCCAGACUCAAAUAAUAACAGGUAGCAAGGUUGGUGAAAAGGUACUGAUUCCUAGGAUAUUCCUCUCUCCUUCGGAGAUGAAACUUCCUUUCAGGAUGAGACGCAAGCAGUUUCCUAUCACAUUAGCUUUUGCAAUGACUAUAAACAAAAGCCAAGGACAGACACUCGAAAAGGUUGGUUUGUAUCUUCCAAGACCGGUUUUUAGUCAUGGGCAACUGUGUGUUGCUGUAUCGAGGGUUACAUCAAGAGAAGGUUUGAAGAUAUUGAUCACCGAUAAAGAUAACAAACCACAAAACAAAACAUUGAAUGUCGUCUACAAGGAGGUUUUUGACAAGAUAUGA